CUAUGCCUGAGAAAGUAACCCCACCUGUAGUAUAGCUCUAAAAUUUAAAAAGAGUCUAUGAACAUAUUUAAUUAGAGCAUAGUAUUGGAAGGACUUUUACAAAAUGAAAGGUACUGCAAUUGGGUUGCUUACUCUUGCGUUGAUAGCUAACGUCGGUGCUAUAAGUUGGGAUUGUAUGGGAACGAAACCAUACCAACUCCAAAAGGAUGAUAGUUAUGAGAAAGGAUAUUUCGUAUGUUUCACUGAAAAAUCCGAUCCAAUAUUCUAUGACUGCCCAGAUGAAGAUGAAUAUACAUUCAAUGAAAAAACGGAAAGCUGCACAUUGGACCUCGAUGGAAGAACUGAACCGUCAUGUACGGCCGUAGGUGAAACGUUUAUUGACCCUAGUGGAGACCCAUGCGUUGAUUAUUGGGAAUGUGAUGUAUCGUUAAGUCCAACCCAUACCUCUUGCACUAGUUCAGAUCCGGAUUCCCGUUUUAACCUUCUUCUACAGCAAUGUGUCCCUGAAAAGUAUUGGUUAUGCGGAAAUGGCAUACCAGACUGCAACCAAGUAGAACAUAGAAAUCAAAGAUGGUCAGACAUUCAAGAUUGCGGCUCAUUCUACCAAUGCAUUGGUAAAACACUCACCAAACAGAACUGUCCCAGUGGAUAUUAUUUCAAUGCAACCGCCCAAAGUUGUCUGCAUAAUACAAGAGAAUAUUGUAAAGUUCCUGAGGAUUGGCUCCCUCCCCUAUUAGUAGACCUUGAAAAUAUGUGCAAAGGAAAUGUUGGAAAAUUCCUUCCAGACCCCUACUAUUGUAAAGCUUAUUAUUACUGUAUUUCUGAGGACACACCCUACUGGAGCCCUUGUGACAACAAUAUGUACUUUGAUAAUGGAAUAUGUACUAAAAACGUACCAAGCACUUGCAUAUGCGAAACAAUAGAUUGGGAAGCUUUAUCGCCAUCAAAGACAACUAGCCUUGCACAUCCAGAUCCAUCGAAAUACUACUUCUGUCAAAAAGGAUUUGUCGCUGUGGAGGAAUCCUGUCCAGUGGGGAUGGUUUUCAACGUGAGAGAAAAGCUCUGCUCUUAUUAGAAAUAGGACAUUUUAAGUUAUUUUAAAUUUUUUUUUUACAAAAUCCUUUUUUAUGCUUGUAGAUAAAUAAAAUAUAUCUUUGGAAUUA